UUAAAUGUAUUACUAAUGCAAAUACGCCAUUUAACUUUUUUUAUAUCGUAGAUAAUAUUAUCUAGGUACGAAUCAUUAAUUAUCGCGAUAUUAAAUGUUUAAAGCUACUUGGCAAGUUAUUGACCUCGUCGAUUCUCGGAAUAGAGCUACAAUAUUAUUUCCUAUCCCAACAAAAAAAGUGAGUGAGAUCGUGACAUAGUUCAAUUUCUUGUCUUUUUUUCUUUUAACUUCCACCACCAGUUUUUAGUCCGUCAUAUAACAGAUCCAGUGAAUGUCCCGUUUGUCUUUUUCUUUCAGGAUUCGUUUUGAAAUAUACAAGUAUCGCAAUACUAUCCUUCGAUAUCGAAUUCGUCAACGAUACGCUUUCCUCCGACUCGAAUGUCAGGAUGAUAGGAUUCCGUGUCUAAUACUUUCUGCAACCUUAAAUAUUUCGCAAGAAACCACGCUCGAUACGUCCGCGUCCGUAUUAUGGUGAAAUGCGUCGCCCUUCCGAAGCUCCCACCAGCGUUGGGUACAAUUUUUUUUUAGAUAACGAGUAAUUCUUUAUCUAGAUAAAACUGUAUUCGUCACCGACGAGUACCGCGGCUAACGAAUAAUGCCUACUCACAGAUGUAUUACCCGAGCGAAAGUGUGUUGUAGAUAAGUAUCUAGAUGAAGAUUGCUUGGAAAUUAUUGGAAUAACGCCCAAGUGGCGCCCACAUGCUUGAGCCGGACCUGGGAACUUGUUCGGAGACUGCGCGACCUAACACGAUCCAAGGCUAGGUAGCCUAGCACAACCUGGCCAACCGAGCGAGGUUCGGGAGAAAGAGUGAGAGGAACGAAGAGAGUAGUUGUAAUCGCACGCCUGCGAAUGUUGGAACUCUCGGGAGCAGGGAGGAGAGACUGUACAACCGGCGAGUCAGUCGACUAUUAGUGGUCUGUGACUCUGGAGGUAGCCCGACCACCGCAGAACCGAGCCCGACGCAGCUCGGUUGCGUUCGGUCGGUAGUCGGGGCCAGUCGGGCGCUCCGCUGCUCUUUUCGGUCUGCUCGUUUUCCUCAGUCCGUCGUCGUUGCGCAUCGAGAUCAGUUGCAUCCUUUCUUUUUCGUUAAGGACAACGAAUAAGUACCCUUUUCGCGCUAUGUGACGGAUAUUACGGGGCACCGAGCGUACCCCGAUUUCUUUAUAUCAUUCCCACCCCAUCCCUCUGCCUGCCACAGCUCUCCUUUGCCCAAAGAGAGAGAGAGACAGAAAGAUCACGUUGUAAACGCAGGCACGUACAUACGCAGGCACUCGCCGAAGAAGGGGCCACGAGGGCCCCGUGGAGUCGUGCCUAGGAAAACAUGGAGUGUCCACAUCUUGCUCAAAGCGUCCAAUUCGGUGGUAACGACGUAGAAGCAAGCUGUACAAAGGAUCUACCGUUCGUCUGUGCAGUAUGCGGCACCGAGAAAAGUACGUGGCUCUGUCUCUACUGCGGAGCCGUUCACUGCGGAAGAUUCGUGUCGGGCCAUGCUCUACAGCAUCACGAACAAAAUACUCAACACUCUGUUUGCAUCGACUGUGAGAACCUGGCAGUAUUCUGUUACAUGUGCGACGAGUACGUCGUUAACGACACGACGAACGGACAAAUCGAGAAGAUACGUCGCGUCACUUUCCGCAAGGAUGAACACAAAGAGAACGAGGAAAAUUGGAACACGUCACCGUCUACGACGCCAUCCUCGAGGAGAGAGAACAGCGACAACGACAACGACGCGGACGCCCUGUGGAAAGCGGAAGUGGUCGUGAGGAACCUUCGACCGAGGACGGCACGGAAGAGGCUACAUUCACUGGAUGGGACGAGUGGGGACAAUCGGCCGGCGACUAAGCGUAGGAGCUCCAAGAUAACCAAAGAGAAGAAGGUCGUCGGUCUAAGAAAUCUCGGAAACACCUGCUUCAUGAACGUCGUGUUGCAAUCGUUCAACAACAUCAGCCACUUUUGCGAGUACCUCACGCAGAUGCCGUGUCUCGAGGGUAUACCUUUCGACGAAUCACCCACUCACAGGGGUCGUAUCGUCACACCUGGCCGGGCGAAAGAGUUGAGCAUGAGCGACGCCUUGCUCGCCGAAGAGCUCAGAAAGGUUCUUCUAGGCUUGAAUCUCGGCGGUUCGAACGGCCAGGCGAUCUCACCCGAAUGUCUUUUCCUCGUCAUCUGGAAAGUCGUGCCAAGAUUUCGGGGCUACCAACAGCAAGAUGCCCACGAGUUUCUUACCUACAUGCUCGAUAGACUACACACGGAGCUGUUGCAAUUGCUGCCCAGACUAGGACACGAGCCCCUAGGUCUGCGCGGCAAGCAAAGCAUCGUCACGGCUGUGUUCGGAGGCACUCUUCUUAGUGUGGUCCAUUGCAUGAACUGCCGUACAGAUUCCAAGACGCACGAGCCCUUCCAGGAUCUCUCAUUGGAUAUACCGGACAGACUGCAAAGACGAACGAAAGAACAGGAAGAGGUUUGCAGCCUCACGUACAGUCUGACAAGAUUCUUCAAAGACGAGGAAUUGGCCGAUAGCGAGCUCUACUUUUGCGACAACUGCAUGGGAAAACAAAGGUCCACCAAGAGGUUCUGGAUACACAGGCUGCCUAAUGUGUUGUGCCUUCACAUUAAAAGAUUUAGGUGGUGCAACUCUUACCGCUCCAAGGUGGAUACACAAGUGGAUUUCCCGAUGAAGUCACUCGAUAUGUCUGCAUUUACUGUUCGUGGCAUGAGUGGAACAAAGUUGGGUGCUUCAAAUAGUCACCUGUAUGACUUAGCUGCUGUUAUUGUGCACCAUGGUUCAGGUGCUGGAACUGGACAUUACACUGCCUUCGCUGUUCACGAUGGACAAUGGUUUCACUUUAACGAUAGCUCUGUACGACCAGCAACCACAGACGCAGUCGCUAAGUGUAAACCUUAUAUUCUGUUCUACGUGCGAAAAGAGUUUUCCAUUCCACCCCCCUUGUGACGUCGUUUCCCCAGCCAGUCCCGUCCCGAUGGUGCGAGCUUUGACGACGAUGGCGACGAGCGAGCGAACAAGACGUAAGAUAAUUCGAAUAAAAAGCUGAACGGUGCAUACAGCAAACGGCCAAACGAGAGACACGCUGUUUCGGGGUUUCUAAAAGAGGAAGGAAGUAAGCUUUAUUCAUCUGUUCCAGACGAUUAAUUAAAUAACAUGGUUAAGUAGAUUUGUAUAUAGAAAUUAUGUUUCGUUACGACAAGCGAUAGGAUUGAAUUUUAAGAUUAGGUAGAUUUCUAAUGUGCUCGAUAUCGUACAGUAAUUUGGCACACGCGUGCGAUGGCGAUUAGCACGAUACACGAGCAUAACACCGGAAAUCGAUUUAAGUUUGCCCUUUCUGUCGUUCGGAGCGAAACAAAUAUUAAUUGUCCGCAAAUGGAUGACUAUCAGCAGGGUCGGCUUCAUAGACGUAAUUUCAUUUCAUAUUGAUAUAAUACGGUAAUCGAAAUUGAUAUGUUUAUUUUUGUAUUGGACUCAAAAGAUUACACAGCCGACCCUGACUACUGGGUUCUACUUUACUUGAUGCAAGGUGUUCCACUUAACUUCAUCGUCUGAAAUAUAAUAAUACUUUCUAUAUUUAAGAAAUAUGGUGGAUCUGCCUCGUUUUUGUUGUACAGGGAUGAGACAAUGAGAAGAUAAGGUAGCGAACACAUGUCAUCUAUGUAACUUAGCAAUUAUAUAGAAUAGGGAAAAUAUUUCAGGCAGUUCUGUUAGGUGAGAGACCUUGUAUGUUCUCCUUAUUUCAUACAACUUGUGUAUUUUGUUUACUUAUGAGGUCCCUGUAAGCGCGAGGAUAGGACCAAACGUUUUGUCUGAUCCAUCCUGCUAUAGGGUCUGUAUACAGUUAGCGACUAUACGAUAUAUAACCAAGCGUUUCGAUGUAGCCCCUCUAUGGCACAGAUGGGCAAAUUUUCACCGGAAUAAUAGACAAAUAGCAAUGAGAUAUGUUUUCUCAACAUUGUUUAUUCGAAUGAACAAUUGGACGAAUCAGUUUUUAUUCGUUUCAUUCGUGCGUUAUCGAAAGGACACGGCUUACACCCAAAAGCCUCCAUGUUAAACAAGAAUUGUUGCUCAUCUCUGCUCUACGGUAGACAAAAAUACCAUUACCGAUGUACGACGUCAUGCGUGUUGAUCGCUUCUCUCUGUAUACGCGCGUGAACAUGUAGGGGCAUAUGCCGCGGGACUGAGCUUCCUCUCCUUUUUUAGAAACACCGGAAAAAAGAGUACACGAGGCAGAACGCGGAAACGCGAUUGCCUUUAGCGUUGAUUUUCUUUAUGCUCCUUUUCGCCGGUGUCUCGGUGGUCAUUGACCACCUCCCUUCAUCGAAUCGAUUAAAGCUCCUCUGAGUCGUGUAGCGGAAUAACGCGUAUAACGCGUACCUCGUAUAGUUUUAACGCGAAAACGACUGGUCUUCUCGGUAGAUAGAUUUUUUCUAGGCUUAGCGCGACAUCGUUGUUUCGAGAGAGCUGGUAUAAACGAAAAUACCAUAUAGAGCCAAUCAACUCUGUUACUUCAGAAAACAAUGUUACCUUAUUCCUUGGAUACUUAAACCACACGACGAUACGCUCAUACACAGACACACACGUCCAUACACACACGACCACACACACGAGCAUCGCGAAACUUACAUAUACACGAAAUCGUUUACAUGUGUGUGUUGACAAAAUACACGUAUGCAUGCAUGGUAUACAAUAUGUAUGUAUACAAAACACGUUCUCUCUUUUUCCCUUCACCCACGAUUCUCAACCGGCUCGGCGACUCUUAUGUGAUUAUUUAAAGACUUAUUUUUUCUAUAAUGGUAACGAUAAUAAGUUAAAAGCGUAGCGAAGAAACGCUUUAUUAAGGCGAUAAAAAAAGAACUCGAUAAUGCGCAUCUUCGGUAAAAGACUCUCACUCGUAUGAAAUAAAAAUGAAAAUAGAAAAGAAGACAAAAAAAAAAAAAAGAACAAAGAUGGAAGUAAGCGUGCAACACUAUUAUUGAGAAUAAAUGAGAUAUGUACGAACGACGUAUAAAUAAAGAAUAUGAACGACGGCAUACACUUUAUUUAUCACGACUCGUGUUGUUGAUUUUGAAUAUAGACUUCUGUUAGCAAGUA